UGCUUCAACCCACUGAUGCACACACAAAGACGCAGCACACGCAGUGAACAAUACCCAAGGCUUUCAUUGGUUUUGGACAUCCACACACUGAUAGGAUUUAUGCCGCAUGAAUCUUUUUUGGAACAAAAAAAAACAAAGCGCUUACCAUCUCUGUUUGUGUGGAUUAUCCAUUGUGGUGUGAAAAGGGGGAAAUCCAGCACUACAGAAGACACUUGUUCAGCACCAUCGGGCAGGUGUGCAUGUUGGAAGUCCAGGGCUCCUCAGGGAUUUUGGUGCUCAUUGGAAAUGUCCUCUCCCAUCUCUAAUGAGCUGAGUAAACCAUAAUACCCGAGUCAGCCAUCCGACAUCCCAGCUCCAACUUUCACAAGACCAGCUGAGGAGCGAGCGGACCAGUGGUGACCAUGGCCUCCAGCUUCUCGCCGGAGCAGGUGGCGUGCGUCUGCGAGGUGCUCCUCCAGGGCGGCAGCGUGGAGCGGCUGGCCUCCUUCCUGCGCUCCCUGCCCUCCUGGUCGGGCCUGCAUGGGCAGGAGAGCGUGCUGAAAGCCCAGGCGGCGGUGGCGUUCCACCAGGGCCGCUUCCCCGAGCUCUACGCCCUGCUGGAGGGCUUCCCCUUCUCGGCCCGCAGCCACCCGCUCCUGCAGCAGCUCUGGCUGCGCGCCCACUACCUGGAGGCCGAGCGUCAGCGGGGGCGCCCCCUGGGGGCUGUAGGCAAAUACCGCGUCCGCCGCAAGUUCCCCCUGCCCCGCACCAUCUGGGACGGAGAGGAGACCAGCUACUGCUUCAAGGAGAAGUCUCGCAGUGUACUGAGGGAGUGGUACUGCCACAAGCCCUACCCGUCCCCACGGGAGAAACGGGAGCUGGCAGCAGCCACGGGCCUCACUGCCACCCAGGUGAGCAACUGGUUCAAGAACCGGCGGCAGAGGGACCGGGCCUCACAGUGUCAGGACAGGGAAGCGGAGGGUGCAGGGGUCGCCCAGUUUUUCUACUCAAGCAGGACACCAGGCCGAACGUUCCCUCGCUCUGAUGAUGACCUUUCACCCCCAGGGAGCCCCAGCAUCCUUUAUCCCUGCCCACAUCCCUCUUCCCAUCUGUCCUCCAUGGUUCUCCAAGGAGGGGGCCAGUUCUGAGGCCAGGUGGACACCCACAGAACCAGGUUACAUGUAUAUGUACAGAUACAACUGCUUGUGGGAAUGUGUUUGCUUAUAACUGCCCUGUUGGCUUUUGAUUGGACCAGGUCCACAGCAAAACAGACCCAUACAUAUUUUCUAUUCAUGUUUUCUAUACUUUUAGAAUGACCACAUGUGGUUUUAGCAUAUUUGUUUGGUUUUCUGUGUUAUUUGCUAUCUGAUGUUUUCCAGUGUCAUUGUGUUCAUAUUCCAUUUCUAAUUCUAGAAAUCUUUU